AGGAGCCCACCCAGUCACUGAGCCCCCCCACGAAGCCUGAGGAGCGGGCAGAGCAGAGGGUGGAGGGGGGGCGAGCUCCAGCCUGUGGCUCCUGGAGAAGGUGGAUGCUGGGUCUGCUGCCUUUCUUUCCCUUCACCGCUGCCAUUGCACUGACCCUUCACUACUUAUCGUCUCCGCCUCCCUCUGUGUUCUUCAUUGGUGGCAGUGUGGAGUUCCCAAACCUGAGCUUCUCCUUAGAACUGACUGACUCCACCUCCCCUCAGUUCCGCCUGCAGGCUCAGGCUUUGAACCAUUAUUUCUCUGAUCUGUACGAGUCCUCUCCGUGGAGUUCUUACUACCUACGCUCGGGAAUUACCGCCUUCAGUGAAGGAGCAGAGGGGCUCACUGUCUUCUACUGGAGUCAGUUCUUGGCCCCUGACAAUGUUGCCAUGGCGAUCCAGGGGUCCAGCCCAGAGAAGCUGCAGCGCAGGCUCCCGGGCAGCAACAAGGUGCAGCGGGACAGCCUCAAUGAGCAGCGCUACUACAUGGAGCAAGAUGAAGACAUGCUCCACCUACUGGGUUUAGACCCCGAUGACUUUGAAUCUGACGAAAAAUCCGACAAGAUUAAGAAUCCAAACAGCUUCCAGAGUGGGAAGUGGCAGCUUGGUUUUCAAGCGAUGUCCUUUGACCUCUACGCCAAAUACGGCAACAACCGCACCCUGAGCCUCGUGAGUCCCAAGAAGCCGUACUACCAGUGGCGUCUGCGUGUGCCAUCGGGUCAUGUGGUCCGACUGGUUAUCCUCACCCUGCAUGGCGCCACACCAGGAAGCUGCACCGCCCACAAGCUCUCAGCGUACGACUUCCUGCUUCCUCUGCAGAACAAGAUCAUUGCCAGGUGGUGCGGGCUGCCCAUCUCGGGUUCGUCUCCCGUCAUGAAGCUCACGUCUUCUGGGAACGUCAUGCUGGUCACCUUCUCCUUUAGCAGACAGAGGGAUGGAGCAAUAUUCAAAGCCUAUUUCCAGGCCAUCCCAAAAGUUGGUUGUGGAGGAUCCGUUUCCUCUUGGAACGGCUCCAUUUCCUCACCCUACUAUCCGGCUUACUACCCUCCUAAUGUAGACUGUGUGUGGACACUGCGGGCGCCAUUGCCGGGAUACCUGAUCUCUAUGACGAUCGUGGCGAUGGACAUUCAGGAUUCCUCGUCGUCGGACGGCUGUGAGAAGGACUGGCUGGACAUUGGAGGGGUCAAACUGUGCAACCCAGUGUCGGACAGCAGCAAAAAGCGAGUCUUCUCCUCUCCUCUGUCUCUUCACUUUCACUCCGACGAGUCCCUCACCCACAAAGGCUUCUACCUGCUCUACCGCGCCUUCUCCCCGGAGAGCACUUGUCCUCGUCAGUUCCGCUGUGGAGAUGGACGCUGCGUCCCCCUGAGGAAGGUGUGCGACGGAGUCAAAGACUGCUCAGACGGACGGGACGAGGCCAAAUGCUCGUCCUGCAGGCCCGGGGACGUGUUGUGUGCUAACGGCCAGUGUAAACCUCACAGCAGCCAGUGUGUCGGUCAAAGCUCCUGUGCAGGCAGCAGUGAGGAGGGCACCUGUGGGGGAAAAUGUUACCACCUGUGUCCCAACAAGGUGUGUUUGCCAAAGUCCUCGGUGUGUGACGGGGUGAGCGACUGCAAGGACCGCAGUGACGAGCUCAACUGCACCAGAGCGUAUUUCAAAGGCUGCUCCUCGUCCUUCUACAAAUGUGCCAAUGGAAAGUGUGUCAGUAAAGUCAACCCGGAGUGCGACGGAUUUAAAGACUGUUUCGAUGGCUCUGAUGAACUGCGCUGUGGAUGUGGCACCAGGCCCAGGAAGCGCACUAAGAUAGUGGGAGGCUCUGAUGCAGCAGCGGGGUCGUGGCCGUGGCAGGUCAGCCUCCAGAUGGAUCGAUACGGCCACGUCUGCGGAGCCACGCUCGUCGCCAACCGCUGGCUCAUUUCCGCCGCUCACUGCUUCCAGGACUCGGACACUAUUAAGUACUCGGACGCUCGUUCGUGGCGAGCCUACAUGGGAAUGCGCGUGAUGACUAUCGGGAACAAUGGAGCGGCCACCAGACUGAUCCGGCGGAUCCUCCUCCACCCUCAGUACGACCAGUUCACCUCUGACUACGACAUCGCUCUACUCGAGCUCAGCGCUCCCGUCUUCUUCAAUGACUUGGUGCAGCCGGUGUGCGUCCCUGCCUCCACCCACACCUUCACCACCGGGACCAACUGCUAUGUCACAGGCUGGGGAGUCGUCAUGGAGGACGGUGAACUGGCCACUCGCUUACAAGAGGCCUCAGUGAAGAUCAUCAGCAGAAACACCUGUAACAAGCUGUACGAUGACGCUGUGACUGCCAGGAUGCUGUGUGCUGGGAACCUGCAGGGUGGGGUGGAUGCCUGCCAGGGAGACUCCGGAGGUCCGCUGGUGUGUCUGGAGCGAGGCAGACGCUGGUUCCUGGCGGGCAUCGUGAGCUGGGGCGAAGGCUGCGCGCGGCUAAACCGUCCCGGCGUCUACACGCAGGUGGUGAAGUUCAGCGACUGGAUCUAUCAGCAGACUAAAGGACAGGUGUGACGAAAAGCACCACACUGACACGGGGCCCACAUGACAGACUUAACACGCAGGAGGAAGGUUUCAGACGCGGGAGUCUUAUCGUUGUGGUUGUUGUCGUCGUUAUUAUACGACGACGCGGUCAGGCGACGAGUUUUUGGGAGCGUGUUCACUGCCAAUGUGCCAGUCAGCGGGGAAGAGGGCAUCAUCAUCAUCAUCAUCAUCCCUGAUACACAAACCUGCUUCUGUAAAAUCUCCUCACCAUCAAACCUGGUCACAAAACACAUUACAAGGCAUAAACAGAUUAUUAAAUUAGACAAUUACACACAACACUACAGAUGUAGACAGAACUGUGGGUCAACAUGCUCAUCAUCAUCAUCAUCAUCAUCCGUAUAUGAAUAUAUCAGGAAAACAUGUAGAAGAAAGCUGUGAUGAACAUCAUGUGAUCCCAGAGUCCACCACUUUGAAUGAGUCUGGUGUUUAAUUUUCCAUUUUCUCUCUACAUUCUGUGUCUCCACUUUCUUUGGAUAUAAGUCAUCAGCUGAGCUGCACUUGCCCCCAAAAGGGCGUCCGUGUCAUCAACCUAAAAGCACAAUAUUUGCUAAGGACGUGAAUGUGAAUCCAGAGGGGAAAGAUCUGACGCUUAGGCAUUUAAGAAAGUUUCUCAAAGAGUAAAUGUGUAUAUACACUUCCCUGAGUCUGCACCAAAGACCGGCCUGUACAGUAGCAGAUGAACGGGGAUGUGUGGUCAGUACCUGCUUUUACCUUCCACCACUGUCACCCCGGGCUUUUCCUGUUGUCUCUGCUGUCCCAUCCUUGUCUUUUCCUGUCCCAGCGACACUUUUCACAGCAGAUUUUGUUGCCAUGAAAAAGUCAAAAACCAGAUCAGAUCUGGCGACUGAAGGUGGGACCAGUUCUGUCCCCUCGACUCCACUCGUCCACGUACUGUAUACGACACAACUGUGUGUGAUGUUUUUGUACUGUAAGCAAUAGCCUUAUGUCAAAUAUAUAUUCUCUAGUCCCACAGUAGGAAGUGGUAAUAUAUUGUGCAUUUUGCAGAUUUUGCAGUGAUUUUUAAAUUUUAAUUUAUCUGUAACGGUGCAUCCUUUCCUCUCCUCUCCACACUGAAUAUAAAAGCAUGUUCACGGCCGGUGUACGACCACGAUGGAGCUGACGCUGCUGUGUGAGGAAUAAACAAGAUCAUCGGGUUGGAAAAAAAAACAAAAACAUUUCAUGCAGACACUUUAUUCUUGCCUCUCCUGCUUCCUUUUCUCAUUCGACGCACAUCACCACCUAGUGGCCGUUUCUAUCAUUGUAUCUCCUGCAGGAAAGAUGCGCCUUAAUCCUUCCAAGUGUCACUAGAAGUGUGGUUUUAUGUCUUUAUAUUAAAUGUGUCAAUGUAAGUUUCCAGUGCAGCAGCUCAAAUAUCAAAUAUUUCACCUUUAUUUACAUUUGUUGUAAUUUUACACACAUUAACUGUAAAGGACAAACAAUAA